CGAGGGUAUAACCAUGUUUUCAAAUAUGUAAACCCCAAUUUUCAUUCUUUCUUGUCGCUAAUGUCUAUUUAGGCGGUGAGGUUCAGGAAUUUGAACCUAAAAACGUUUAUUUUUGGCAUCCCUGUUCAAAAAGAAAUCCGAUGGCUCAAAAUGGAAUAGAAGAAAUGGAUCAAGCGGCAGAGGAACAACUUUUGGCAGAUGAAAUGGACACCAAUGGAUCAAAAAGUGAAAACCAAAAAAACCAUCAGAAACUUUUAGACUAUGGAAUUAAUGUUAAAGUUGCUGAUGAACUCCAAAAAAUGUGCAACCAAGAUAAACUUGACCAUGACGAACUUGAUGAAAGAGCGCUGGAUGCUCUGAAAGAAUUCAACCCUGAUGAUGGUGUUGCAGUUCUGAAACAGUUCAGUGAAAGUUGUUUAGAACAUGUAACAAACAAAAGUGCAUUUUUAUGUGGAAUGAUGAAAACUUAUCGUCAGAACAAAAAACAGGGAUCAUCAGCAGCUACAGCAAAAGGACCCGAUGAACAAAAAUUAAAAGAAAUCUUGGACAGGACGGGCUACUCUUUAGAUGUGACUACAGGGCAAAGAAAAUAUGGUGGCCCCCCUCCUGAUACAGAUGACACGCCACCAGGACCUGGACACGAGGUCUUUGUGGGGAAGAUUCCUAAAGAUGUCUUUGAAGAUGAACUUAUCCCACUGUUUGAAGAAUGUGGAAGAAUAUGGGACCUGCGUCUCAUGAUGGAUCCAAUGACUGGAUUCAACAGGGGCUACUGUUUUGUGACAUACUGUGAAAAAUCUGGAGCUCAGGAAGCUGUAAGCAAGCUUGAAAACCAUGCUAUUAAAGAUGGGAAGCACAUUAAAGUAAACAUUUCCGUCGCCAACCAGAGACUUUUUGUUGGAAACAUACCGAAAAGCAAGACGCGGGAUGAAAUAUUUGAAGAAUUCUCAAAAAAGACAGAGGGUUUGUCUCAGGUUAUCAUAUACAGAUCUGCUGAAAAGGAAAAUCAAAAGAACCGAGGAUUUGCCUUUCUGGAAUACGAUUCUCAUAAAUCUGCAUCUACAGCAAGAAGGAAGUUGGCUUCUGGCAGAAUCAAAGUGUGGGGCUGUGAUAUCAUUGUAGACUGGGCAGAUCCUAUUGAUGAACCAGAUGACAAUACAAUGGCAAAGGUGAAAGUGUUGUAUGUGCGAAAUCUAACCAGUGAUGUCACUGAGGAACUUCUCAAAGAAAAAUUUGGUGAAUAUGGCAAGAUUGAACGUGCCAAAAAGAUCAAGGAUUAUGGAUUUAUCCACUAUGAGGAAAGAGAGGAUGCCAUGAAAGCUCAGGAAGCCAUGAACGGACAGAAAUUGGGCAAACAAGAAAUUGAAGUCUCCAUGGCGAAGCCACCAACUGAGAAUAAAAAGAAAGAACAGAGGAAACGUGAACAGGAAAGACGACAGAUGUACAUGGCUGUCGGAAGAGGUGGUCCCUUUGGAUACGACGACUACUGGGGUCCACCAAUGAGGCCACCCAUGCACCCAAGGGGAGGAAUGAGGCGUCCAGGUCCACCCAUGCCAGCCAGGCCUUAUGAUUACUAUGAUGAUUACUAUGGUUACGAUGAAUUUUACGACUAUGGUUACCAUCCUGGACCUCGUGGACGUGGAGGGCGAGGGGGACCUCCACCACCAAUGCGAGGUCGAGGAGGCGGCCCCCCACGGGGUGGUGGUCCUAGAGGAGGCAUGAUUCCUCGGGGAGCAAGAGGAGCUAUGCGAGGGCCUAGGGGAGCGAUGCGGGGCCGAGGUGGACCCCCACCAAAGCCAGUUCCACAGUUCCGAGGAGGAAAGAGAAAAGCAGGAAACGAAAUAGGACAAGCCCAAACGAAAAGACGCAAUACACAGGAUAAUUGGGGAGCCCAGCCCAUCGCACAGCAGCCUCUUGAUCAAUCUGGCGGUUAUGGUGGAGGAUACAAUGAUGCACAGUGGUACCAGGAUUCAUAUGGGCAAAAUUGGGGUUGAGCAAUCAACCUUUAAUAAUUAUUUUCAGUUCUUUGUUAAGUGGUGUAAAAUUACUGUGUCCCUGUAGGAAUGACAAGAAAAUUGCCAAAAAAAUCUUUCAAUGCACAAAAAUUCUGCCUUUGGAGAAGGAUUAUCUUUGGGAUUAUAUUUGGCAUCUGCCAUCAAAAGACAACGAUCAUGUAGACAUGAUUAAAUUGAUUUCUAUACAGACAUCUUGGAACCAAGGAAUCUGUGGCAGGCUAAUCAUUCUGAAAAGGAUACUUGAGGUUAAAAUACAACCUCUAUUUAACUGGCAUGCCAGUAUGCAGCAGUUCAUCAUCAUGAAAUUUUUUAAAUCAAUAUUUUUAAAAAGGACCAUAGUUUCUACAAAAAUAUAGUUGUGGAAAGUAAUUCAAAUCAUUGACAAUAUUUUCAUGGAAAAUUAAUUGAAUGAUCGUGUUUGUUUUUUUUAAAUUUUUGUGUUCUUGGUCUGUGUCAUUGUAGUUAUCCUUCAUCAUAAUUCAUCAUUAAAAUGUAAUACUUUUAUUAUUGGCUCGGCCGAUUUGUUCAAAAUUUGAGUGGAAAAAAUAAUACUCAAAAAAAUGGACUUUGAUCAAUUUUAUUUAUCUGCAGGCUGCCAUAAUGGCUAAUGGUUGCAAGGAUGUUGUUUUCUUUGGCCAAUCAUGAAAAAAAUGACCCUUCAAUUUUACACACUUUUUUCCUCCCACUAAUUAACCAGAACAUGCAAGCUAAACAAAAAAUGACCUAAGCAAAUGGAUUUGGAGAUAAUGUUGACAAAAAGUGCUCUGCAUUUCUGGUUGUGUUAAUUGUGAAACCCUUUUCCAUCAAUAGCACCCAAAAUUUGAAGCUGUUCAAGCAUGGGACGUGAAAGCAAAAAUAAUGUUUUGAACACUGGCUACAGAUUGGCAAGGGUUUCUUUAUUGCUAACAUCAAAGCCUAGCAUGUUUAAUUGAAAAUGUUAUGUUUCGUUGAUUUUGGUUUAAAUGGUUUUGAAAGAAUUAUCUACAAAUUAUUGAGCUGAUUAGGAUCAAAAUCAAUUUUCACAAAUGCUGGUGAUUAGUAUAUUAAGUGAAAAGAAAAUUUCAUCAUUUUUAACAUAAUACUUUUCAGAUGAAUUGUUCGCAUUUGUAUUGUUUACCCCAUUUAUUUACAUGUAUGCAUUCUCCCAUCUUUUUGCAUACUAACAUAUUCUCUUUUUCUUUUUUUCUCUCUUCCUGUCAAAAAAAAAAGAAAAGAAAUGCGCCACCAAAAACAAAAAAAAAACACUGAAAUUGAUAGUAAAAUCAAUAUGAAGUCUCAAGAAAAAAUCUUUGAAAAAUGCGCCGCAAAAAAUCUUUUUCAGAACAUAUUUUGAUAUAGCUGCAUCAAAUCGAUCGAAAAGUAAUACAAGCAGUUCUCAUGGUUUUGAUAAUUUAACAAAUUAGUUUAGUUUUGGCACAUGGUUUGGAACUGAAUGUUUGGCGAAGUCGAACAAACUUUGCUGCAUAUAGGUUCCCUCAGCCUGUUUCUCCCGUCCAGGGAUCUGAAAGGCUGACCCCACUGACCAGUGUGCUGCACUCAGUCUGGGCCACCCAACAACAUCACAGUGGACUUGACUUCUGACAGGUAAUGUGGUCAUAGGGCGGCCUUCACCUGGCAACUUGAUAUUCAGGCACACGAAAAGAACAACACAUUUGGCUUUGUGAUAUCAAAACAAAAAAUGAGGAAAGAAUAAUUCCUCGAAAAAC